AUGUCUGCCUUCAACGACUACUGCAUCGUAUGCGAGAAGAUUUGUACGAAUCACGCUGUCUACUGUUCGGAUGAGUGCAAACUUAGAGAUACUCGCUCGCAUUUCCAAUUCAACAACAAUGUUCCACAGUUGAUCUCGCCGGUAUUACAACCCAGACAGGACUCGAUAGCGUCCAUGAUGGAGGAUGAUGGGGAUGAGAGUGAUGAGCACCCAUCGCAUGAAUAUCUGAUCAAAUCGCCACUGUUACUCUCCUCGACUCUUAAGAAUGAGCAGAGCAUUGCAGGAUUGAGCCUCGACAACGUUCCAAGGGAGUCCACAUCAACACCACCGGCAUCGUCGUCUGCAUCCAUAGCCAGCUCAUCAUCGAGAAAUGACCCUCCAGCAUCUUGCCCAAAGAGCUCGUCGCAUGAUUCCUCGCUGGCUGCUUCGUCAAACUACUACAAGAAAUGGUUGAGCGUUAGCCAUAACUGA